CAAAAAAGUCCUAUGGCAUCAAGUUUCACCAUGAGGAUGAUUGCAUUUCAAUCCUUGACGAGAGUGAGCUAAGAGCCUGGUAGGGUUGGAGGGCUGUGGCAUGUCCGGUAUCUUUCAGUCUUUGAGACGAGCCUUGGGUUUCUCAAACCUCUGGUCCCGCAAGGAUGCCGUUGCCGACCGCGUGGUGAAGGACUUUACGCGCUUCGCCGAGGGUGACAGGGCGCUCAUCGAUGGUGCAAGAUUAAGUGCUCCUUUGCAACGCAACUCCAAGUCCGAUUUCCAGCGCGGCGCCCUUCUACACAAUGACAUCCUGGGCAAACCAUUGGUGCCUUUCUAUGCUCCGGCUCGUUCGGGGAAGGGAGGGCUCUAUAAGAUCGAGUACCCGUCGUUAGAUCAAUAUGUUUCGUUGACUCCGAGACUGGUCACGCCGGUGUACUCGAACUACGCCUCCACCAUCGUAUCGCAGCUGGACAUCCAUCCUGUACCGUUUGACGAGACUACUGCCUCCCAAGGCAUCGCCACUCCAAAGCUGGAGAUCUUGGAAGCAGGUACAGGCCAUGGAAGCCUUACCCUCCACAUCGCACGUGCCAUAGCAGCAGCCAAUCCUCCUCCUCCACAACUCGAACUCCCCCAAAUUCAACCUGUUGAUCCUCAGCGCCCGGAGCUGGCCGCGAAGCUAGAAAGGCAGAAUGCUCUCAAUGCAGCAUGGAAGAACUGGAAGGACAGGCGACCUGCAGUUCUUCAUACCGUGGAAAAGGUGGUUGCGAACAGAUUUCAUGCGGAAAAGAUCGUAAGGGGGUUCCGCCAGGCAUUGUAUUGGCCUCACGUCGAUUUCUAUGCUGGAGACGUGAAAGAGUGGAUUGCGGAGCAGUUCAAGCUGAGGCUUUCCAGCAAGUGGAACCCACUGUCUAGGGCUGAAGACAGCUUUCUAGACUAUGUCUUGCUGGACAUGCCUGGGGUCCAUCAUCAGCUCAAGCAUGUGCAUUCUGCCAUGCAUGAGGGCGCGAAGCUGGUUGUCUUUGUGCCCUCGGUGACCCAGAUCGGGGAUUGUGCCGGAGCGAUUCAGGACGGUUCGCUGCCUUUAUCUAUGGAGAAGGUCCUGGAGCUGGGCGAAGGCAUCAGCAGUGGCCGUAGGUGGGAUGUCCGAAUGGUGAUGCCACGGAGACAGAGGGACGCACCAGACACCUCCGGGUCCGCUGCUGCAGGGGAUCCUGUGCCGCGGAGUGAGAAGCCCGCCGAGGCCGCCAACACGGACAGUGACAGAGAACCGGGACUGGAUUCCGCAGACGCAGUUCCGGCGGUGACGGUCGAUGAAUCCCAGGACGAGCCAGUCAUGGUCUGUCGCCCUCUGGUUGGCGAGCGGACGUUUGGGGGUGGGUUUAUCGCUCUCUUCAGGAAGGUCUCACCUGAAUCUGCAGCAACGGCGGUCGAAUGGCGGCGUGGCCAGACAGGUUGGGCUAAGAAACGCCAUCGCUGAUCUACUUGUCUAAUGGCCAGCACGGAUAGUAACCGCGAAGCGGCCAUAGGCGAAUACAAACAACAAGACGUCAAAAAUGUUUAUCAAUUUUCGUCCCGCAUAAUUCUUCUCCCGCUAUCCUCUUAUCCAAAUGGAAGUGUCACGCAGAUACCAGGUACAGGAGUCCACAUGCGAAAAUCAAUGCGUACCUCUCCACCGAAAGAUAGAGGGAAGUCCAUAACAAACUCCACGCGCAUUGAGACAAUGUCGACAAUAUGCUUUCCACAUCCCGCCGCAAACCACCCCUUGCACCCGCCGCUGUACCUAUUCUCUAUCGCUCACACAGGAAUAGUAGUGCAGUCCGCCUGCGCCGCGAACGACGGUGGCCACCAGGCAUGGCACCCGCACCCGCUUAUUUGACAGUAGCCGGAAUGGCGGCCUUGGCUCUGUCGAGCACAUUCUCCGCCACGGGCAUAGUCCUGCUCUUGAGCCCAUUGGCCAACGGUGCAACAUUGGCCUUCAACUUCUCCGCGGCAGCCUUCAAUCUCCUCUCCUUGACGACACGGAUAUAAGUGAAGAGUAAAAUGAACAGGAGUUCAACGCGUUCCUUGGUCAUCAUAAGAAGACCUUGUACCAGCAAGCCCUUGACCAACUGAGGGCCGAUUCCCUUGAAGAGAGCAAGAGGACCUUCAUGCUCGACAAUGUAGGCCAUGACCUCGCCGAAACUCUUGAAAGGCUUGCCCUCACGAGCUGGAGGGGGUCGGGACUGGAGACCGACCUUCGCGACAAUAAGUGGCUGAGUGGUGAUGGUGGCUAUGGAUUUGGACAGAGCGCCGAGGACUGCAGAGUCGUUAGUCAGUGCCAUGACAGAAAGUCAUAUGUAGUCACUCACGGAAAGACUGCCAAGGGUGUAAUCUCUCGACGUUCGGAUACAAGAUAUCCUUCAGACGCUGAUAUGCGCCAUAUGUGAUUGCUGGGUUGACACACAGCACGAGCGAGGCCUUGAGGCCUCUCCAAAGACCGCUCCAGCCAUCCUCGCUGUGAACGACUUCUUUCCCCGUCUCCCAAAAGCCCUUCUUGUGGCCCUUGGGUUGUGUUUGCUGCCGCGUUGUAAUCACGGCCACGGGGAUUGUGAAUAUCUGCGCAAUUGCUCCGGCGACAGCGCCCAAAGACAAUUCAACUGCUGUGCCCGGAUGCUGGCCCGGCGCAGUCUCGUAUUUUGUGUACAGGCCGCGCACCACCGAGUACCAGUAGAAAUAUGCGAAGUUGGUCGACGCUACGCCGAGCAAGGCACCGUGGAUUCCGGAAUAGAGACCGUGAAU